AUAAAGAUAAAGAUAAAAAUGAUACACUGCUAAGCGUAUUCACCAAAAAUAAAAAGACUAAAUGAAUUCGCAUCUUCUUCUAAAAAAAUCGCAUCUCGGCGCGAGCAUACAAAGUGUGCCCUCGAUGAAUAAGUUCUACGUAGAUAGAUCUAAGCGGCCCAUAGCCCGACACCAGCUGCCAUGGCAGGAGGAAGUGGAGGAGCUGGGGGAGGAACAGGGGGAGGGGACUCGUUGGCUCGCAGGGCCUGGAGGCAGUACCUGCUCCAGCUGCAGCGCCACCCACUCCGCACCAAGAUGAUCACUGCAGGGUGCCUCGCAGGCGUCAGUGACUCCGUGGCGCAGAAGCUCUCUGGAUAUCAGAAGAUUGAGAAGCGCCGCCUCCUGCUCAAGAUGAUAUUUGGGUUUGCAUAUGGUGGCCCAUUUGGGCAUUUCCUGCAUAAAGUGUUGGAUUAUAUCUUUAAAGGGAAGAAGGAUACCAAAACUGUAGCUAAGAAGGUGUUGCUGGAGCAGAUCACUUCCUCUCCCUGGAACAAUUUACUCUUCUUAUUCUAUUAUGGAUAUGUUGUUGAGAAGAGGCCUUUGAAGGAGGUGAAGACUAGGGUGAAGAAACAAUAUUUGUCAGUGCAAUUGUCUGCUUGGAUGUUUUGGCCAGUAGUUGGUUGGAUAAACCAUCAGUACGUGCCUUUGCAGUUUCGGGUGAUUGUCCACAGCUUUGUUGCAUGUUGCUGGGGGAUAUUUCUCAACCUUCGCGCCAGAGCCAUGUCUUUGAAGCAGUCAUAGACAGAUUUAGUGGGGGUAUAACACUGCUCCAUCAUGGUUCAAACUGGCCGGAGAACAAAGGAUGCUGAUUGCUAUGUAAUAUACCGUUGAUUGUCCUAGGGUAUUUAAAUAGUGGGAUUUCGAUACUUGUUUGGCAUCAAGUUGCAGAUUUGUUUGUCAGCGCAUGCGAGGCCGCUUAUCUGAUUCUCUGUUGGUAGUACUGUUUAAGCUUUAUGACUGAAACGUAAUUGAAUUAUAUUAGCUAUGGAUAUACUUGGUCUACUUUUGAGAGCAAAUAAUUGUUUUUUUCCA